AUGAGACUCCUCCCUUUACUCCUCUUGGCCAUCGUUGCCGUAAAUGCCUACUACACACUCUCUGUCUACGCUCCUUCGCUUCCCCAGAUCCACGCGCGCAUCAUCAAUGCAAGGAAUAAAGCCUUCAUCAUCGGCGCCACGAAACCCAGCACGUUCUGCGGCCUUGACAAUGCUACCGAAUGCCCCGAUGGCACUUCCACUCAAGUCGAUGGAAACAUGACUGGUCUCGCAGCCGCAGUUCCAGGCGGUCAAUUCAUCUUCAUCGCCCCCGACGGGAUCAUAUCCUACCCGCCCGCACACUCUGCCCUUCGACCCCCAGGCUCACAAAUGGGUGGCUUCCAGCGCGCACAUGUCAUCUCAGAGUGCAAGAUGCCUGUCACGAUACUCAUGUGGUCCCCGGAGAACGCAAGUCCGGGACUUUGGGCUUGCCCAACGGCGAGGAAUGUCCCAGUCACGAAAGAGGCGGUCCUCAAGGCGACGACGAGCACUUUUACGGGAAGUGGCUGUUUGACUAUUGAGGGGAUUGAGAUUCAGACUGCAGGGGAUAAGUUCGCUGCGUGGGCUUACACGUAG